AUUUUAUAAUCACAGGUGUAAAAGUUCAUUGGAACGUGAUGUAAAAUCUCUCUUUGACAAUACAUUUUUACGUUAUUCAAAAUUUUCAAAAACAAAAGAUUUAUUAUCAUUUCUCGGUCAAAAUGUGGUUUAUUUUAAUUUUCUUACUCAACUACUGGAAUGAGUGCGCAGCGGUGUCCGGAGGUGACGUCGCCAAUUAUUCCCAAUAUAAUUAUAUUGUGUCUGUGCAAAAUUCAUCGGGAGAUCACUUUUUCGCCGGUGUGAUCAUAUCGAAUUAUCACGUGCUCACGACCUGUGCCGACCUGGCCGAGAUAAACGAGCACGAAGUCGUCCCGUACCCGAAUCUGGUGAAGAUGAGGAUAGCGGCGGGCAUGUCUCCGAAAGCCCCCGAGGCCAUUCGAUAUCCGGAAAUGGCGUUCAUCCACCCUUCGUGCAAGUGGGGGCCGGACAUAAUCCAGUACGAUUUGGGGAUAAUGAAAACCUUCGAACCUUGGGAUUUCUCUACUGGCAACAUCGGCGUGGCUAGGCUUCCGAGAGAAAACUGGGUAAAAUUGGACGAGAGGAUCACUGCGAUGGUGGAGAAUGGGGCCGUCUGCAACGCUCUGGGCUGGGGAACGGUCGGUGAAGCGACUUCGGACACGUUGCUGGUGGCCAAGUUGAAGCUUUCCACAUGGAGAGAAUGUCAAAAGCAAUACUGCAGGGAAUGCUACAAUUUUGAGGCCGCCAACAUCUGCACAGCUCCAAAAAAUCAACAUUCCAUUUGUGACGGAGACCAAGGAGGUCCUCUCGUCUGUGAAGGUGAAGUAUGGGGCAUUAUCGGGUAUCCGCAUUCCGUCUGCGGCAAGCCCCAUUACCACAAUUACGCGCGUACCGGUACUCGAACGUCGAAAAGUUGGAUCGGCGGCAUAUCAGGAAAUUUCGGACAGUUCAAAAUGGCAGGAAGUAACCCAAUUUAUAUGAACAACAUACUUUUGUUUGCACAGUGCCUCGUCUUUAUUUUUCACUACCUACUGAAUUAGAACUCACUACCGAAUAACAAUAAAACCUUCUAGCAAUUU